AAACUGUUUUACAGUCUAUUCAACUCGGAAUUUCUGUCGGCCUACGAAUUAUCAUUUAUUAUUCUAGACUCGAGCCAUGGAUCAUGUCAAGAAAUUCUUAUGCUCGAUCAAGCCGACCAAGAGCCAGCAGGAGAUGGCCAAGGCCUUCAUACCCUCAGCUGGCUGUUUUGGCAUGGCUGGAGUUUUGGCUCUGAUCUACUUCACAGACUGGCGUCUGAUCACGAACUAUAUCCCGCUCUAUAACACAAAGUAUCCAAAGCCUGAAACCAAAUAGCUGAAUACCCUGCAAGAAAAACUCAACUAAAAUGCAUAAAUGUAUUCUUAGAGUCUACCGAAGCUGUGCCAUAUUAUCCACACUAUUUUCAUAUUGUUUUUAAUACAUUUUGGUAAAGGUCUUUCAACUAGCAUAAAAUUAAAAACACAUUUCAUAUGCCAUUUCUGAUUCUGUGGCGAUGGGAAAUAUGCAUUUUGGUUGCACAAUGCAAAAGUAAAUAGAUCGAUGCCAAUCAAAAUAUACAAAAGUUGAGGAAAAACAAAAACAAAUACGGCAGCCAAAAAUAGAUAAUAGACAACUUUUAGUAGAAUAUCUUAGAGGUCGUAGAUGUAAUAGCAUAAUAAAAGCAGAUAUAUGUCAA